UAUUGUGUCAAAAUACAUACGCGUAGUAAGCAAAUAUCGUGAUAUUGUUUUAAAAGAUGAACGUAUAACGCGAGAUUGUGGGGUACUAUUUCAGCAGGUGACAAUAUGUGAGAGGGAUUCAGAUGACAACCUGAUCGUCUCGUGGUAGCCAUGGCAACGUGUCUUACAAUUUCCGGUGAUAUAUCUCGUGUGAUCCUGAUUAUUAUCAACGCAUCAGGACUGGCAUUCGCAUUAUUCCUGAUAGCGUUCGCGAGUAACCUUCGUGUCAAUCCUGACAACAGUUUCGGCACUGACUACGAGAGUACGGAGAAGGCCUUGUUGGUGUCCGUUGUGUCCAAACACCCCCCCGACAAUGACACGUCGGCCAUCAGUCAGUGGCACCUCAAGGACGCCGACGUCUUUAAUACGUUUUUCCUGGCCAUGUGGCUCGGAGGGGGGUUGCUCCUUAUCGUUUCCGUAGUUGGCCUCAUCAUGGCAGCAAAGAAAAGUAGUGGAGGGUUGCUCGUGCACGGAGGAUUCCUGUUCAUUCUUUUGAUUUGUGAGAUUGCCUUAUAUGGCAUGCUCUCCAACAGCACUGUCGCUGGCAAUCUGAAGGAUUCGGUACCUCUCAAAUCCUCUAUCCAGGGCUCUAUGUACACCGGCUUCAAGGAUUAUGGCGGAAUCUAUGGGACGGACGCUAAUAGUAUUGGCUGGUCUGUCAUUAUGCUGAAGUACGACUGCUGCGGGGUAUACGGAUGGACACAGUAUGAGACACUGACAGAGAAUACCCAGAGACCAAUUAAGCUCGCGGGAACGUUUAUCUGCUGUGAGCUGGAUAAUUUAAAGUUAUAUCUCAACGGGUCCUGUUGGGCUGGUGGUGUCCAUACCUCAGACAAAAACGACUGUUAUGAUGCCAUUGUUGAGGCCAUUCUGUCCUCGACCGUUGUACAACUGAUACCCUUGAUUUAUAUCGCCCAGAUUGUUAUGAUCCUUUGCGCCAUCUUGAUUAUCCUUGACAACAAGUAUACGGUUACUAAGGUAGAACCGGAAGAUGAUAACUACCCCGAGAAACCAAACGCGCUGAAUCCGAGAAAGGGAAAUUGAGUGACUGAACACUAGUUAUCGCCUUAAUAUCAACAUAGUUUGAUUGAGGGAGUUGUGUAAUUCAUCGUUUAAUGAUUUGAUGAGUUGAGUUAUUGGUGAUUGGUUGAAGAUAUCAAGACGCCCUCAUCAUGUUGAAUAUACGAAAUCAACAUCAUAAACGGACAACCACAUUGGAGAAUAAAUUAAUGAGUUAUUAAUGAAUCACCCACGGGUUUAAGGUGUGUAUAACACCGAUUGGUGGCUAAUUGGAAUGUUCAGUGUUCUGGAGACAUAUUAUUUUUAAUUUACAUUUCCACUACAAGUUCCUCUAUAAACAGAAUUCCGUCAGCGUUAUUUUGAAGCUUCUUCUUUCGUCUCGAUUAACAUGAGAGCACCUUAGAAUCAAACAUUUUGGUGACGUUAGAAUGUACCAGGAACCCUGUCAACGCUGUCGACACAGACUCACUAAUAUCGAAAUAUAAAGGAGUAUCUUUAUUUAGGUCAAUAAUAACUAAAUAUUUAAAAUGUUAAUACAAAGUUUGAACGGCAUUUUCCCAAUGUCUCAUGCCGGUAUGAAAUUCAAAAAACAAUGUCGUCUAAUCCUUAGAACUAUGUUUGUCAUUAUGCAGAAAAUAAAUAUAAGAUAAUUUUAUCAGUUCAUAGAUCGGUUAUGAUCAUGUUAAUUGAGUUUCAGGCAGUAAAUAUAAACGCAACGGCCGUAAAUAUAUUUACUUGCUACAGGCAAUUACUCAACUAACUGUAGUGUCAUCUGUAACAAAUAGACAUGGCAUGGUUUAGGAUCACCUCUCACAACAACGAUUUCAGACUUAAAGAUGUAAUUUUCUGUCAGUAAAUAUAUUUCACAGCAUGAUAAAUUCGUUAUAUAUAUAUGCUUUACUUAACAUACGUAACAUGGUUUCCUAUAACCUGCACAGAUUUCAUAUUUCCUUCGAGAUAUGCAACCAAGAUAAACUCUAUGUAGUUAAUAUAAUAGGUUUCGGAGUUUUAUGAGAUCCGAUACCAUAGGAAAAAUGUUUUGUUGGACUUCAGGCUGACAUCAAUUAAACUAAAUGUUUCUUGCAUUAAAACGAAUAACAUUUAUUUACCAAUUUAAUUGCAUUCAACAACCUCCUGUUUCAAGACAUGAUACUUGUUAUAGUUGAUGUAUUUAACCUCGUUAUAACUUCUGUUAUGUAUGAAUCUAAAUGUGUAAAAUAAAUAUAUUA